AUGGAAGGCACCGGACUGCAGCUCAGCAGGCCCCUGGCUCCCACCCAGAUUCACACUCUGCAGCGUUCCCUCUUCACACUACCAUAUCAAAGUUGCUCUUUUGGAGUCAGUCUUCUCCCCUGUCCUCUGGGGGCAGUUGAUGAAGAGGAGAAACUGGGCAUUAUAAAAGAUGAAGAGAAUGGUUGUAAUAAAAAUCUCUUUUGCAUUCCUAAGCAUAACAAAGAAGAUCUAGAAAGAGUCUUGAUUCCUCACGGACUCAUUCUGGACAGGUCUUCCAGUUUGGCAAGCGAUAUCAUGCAAGAUAUGGGAUGUCAUCACAUUGUUGCACUCUGUGUCCUUAAAGGAGGAUAUAAAUUCUUUGCCGAUUUGCUGGACCAUAUAAACAUACUAAAUCAAAACGGUGAUAAGUCUGUGCCAAUUACUGUGGAUUUUGUUAGAAUAAAAAGCUACUGUAGUGAUUCACCUACAGAAAAAAUCAGUAUAAUUGAAGAACUGUCUAUAUUAAAUGGGAAGGACAUUAUUCAGAUUGGCAGAACAAUGAAGGUGCUACUUUCAAAACUAAAAGACUACAAACCAAAAAAGCUGUAA